AUGACUCUGUCACCACGAAAUUCGGAGGCCGACGCCGGCCCCCGGCUGCUCAGGGAUAUCUGGGCGCUGACGGCCGUGGCGAGCGUGAUUUUGAUAUUGAGGAUCAUUGCGAAAUUGAGAAUCGGGAAAUUUGCGGUGGAUGAUCUGCUUAUGACUUUUGCACUGUUCUCGGCUUUAGUCGGAUCGACCUUGCUCACGAUCGCCAUCAAGAAUGGAUUCGGUCGGCGAGUGGUGGAUAUCAAUAGGCCCAAGGUGCCGGAGAUCAUCAUGUAUGAUUACCUAGCGCAGACAUUCGGUCUUGCGGGUGGGACGUUGGGUCGAAUGUCGUUCAUCAUCUUCAUUGCGGGAUUGCUUGUCCAGAGAUGGUCGCAGAAGGUUGCGCUGUGGGUACUGGCUCUCUUGCAAGUGAUUGUCAACACGGUGUUUGUUAUUAUCAUCUUUGCGCAGUGUCCUAGCCACACGUCGGCGAUUUGGGAUAACUCGGGGAAGAACAAGUGCUGGGAUUUGCGAGUGCAGACCUAUUAUGGAUAUUUCCAGGGAGCGUUCAACUCAGCCACUGACCUAUACCUUGCCGUAUUCUCGACCUAUAUCUUCUGGAACCUGAACUUAAAACUGCGAGUGAAGUUGGGACUGGUCACACUAUUGGGGAUGGGGAUAUUUGCCAUGGCCGCAGCAAUCGUCAAAACCGUCGAAACCCACGUCCUCGGAACCUCCAGCGACCCGACCACCGCAACUGUCAACUACGACUGCUGGCUCUACAUCGAAACCUAUCUCGUCAUAAUCACCGCGUCUAUCCCCUGUAUUCGGUCUCUGCUAAGAUCGAUGAAGAGUCGCAAACUCAACAGCGGACACACGCAUGAGCUUAGCUCUAGAUAUGUGGUCGGAUCAGGACAUAAGGCCAGGGCGCGAAGGCGUGAGUCGUCACUCGAUGGGAAGAGAAUAAUCAACGUUUCGGAGGGAAAUGUAACUCAGGAUAAUAUUGAGCGGGGAGAUGGUCAGUAUGAGGCUCCUGAGUCCCGGCAGUCAAGGGAGUCGGUGGUU